GAGGCUCAUUACAAUAUCCUACAGACGGAGCCCGCUUCACCAUCGUGCGGGCAAUAGUCAGAGAUCCCCGCCCCAGUCCUCCUGGGCUACAGACCGGAGCCCGGAUGCGCCGCCAUGCCGACUCUAUCAGCGAAUGGAAUCAUUUAUUCGCCAACCUGCCUGACGCUGGGCGACUAGGAGUUGACUGAAGAAGUCGACAAGACAGUUUGGAAGGCGGAAGAGCCUUUGUUGCAGAUAGACUUGCACUGAGCACCAGCGCUGUGUUUACUCGCAUGUUUGUGUUGCUCGCCACCGUUGUGUCGAUGUAGGAACGCUUGCGUGCUAGCUACGCUAACGUUAGCUCGAAUCGAGAUAGUGCUGGCAAAGGCAGUGACAGUCCGGCCGGAGGCGGGGAGAACUGAGAGAGAAACGUCUAUGUCUGCAUCAGCUCUGGAAACGAUGUCUGUUGAUGAGGAUACUGUAAAAACUGGCAGUCCACAGGCCAGCACAACUUCAUCUCUGCAGCUCUCAGAGUGCACUGGUGGUUACAGUAGUAUAUCUGUAAUGGUGGAGGGAACAGCAGCCACCCCAGACUUUGCAGCUGUGUGUCCUGUCCCAGGCACUGCAGCCUCACCUAAACAUACCAGCAUGACCGAUACGCUUACCCACUCAGACAAAGCUGGACAGAGAACCAGAGGGAACGAGAAUAACAUAAAUCGCAGGAGCAGCUUUCAUCAUUCCAAACAACAGCAACAAACAAAACUAACAAAGCGGCGCAACACAGCCAACUUUAGUUUCAAGCAUCCAACAUCUGGCAAGAGGAGACGAAGGGCCAAUUCUGAGAGUGACUCCGUCCUGCCUACCAACUUCCUCCUGGGUGGGAAUAUUUUUGACCCACUGAAUCUCAACAGCCUGCUGGAUGAGGAUGUCAACAGGGCGCUGAAUGCAGAGACGCCCAAAUCCUCCCCGCUGCCAGCAAAGAGUCGAGACCCUGUGGAAAUCCUCAUCCCCAGAGACAUCACAGAUCCACUGAACCUGAAAAGUGGUAUAGCAGACAGCAGCUUUUUGGUGUCCCCGUACAAAAGUGGUGGUAGAAAGAGGCACCGCAACAGACACCAUGGAGGAGGAGGUGGAGGAGGAGGUGGCGGUGGCAGCGGCAUUUCAACCACACAGAUCAACCUCUCAGAAUCAGAAAAAAGUGAGGUUAAAACUGGCACCUCCACAGUGCCUCCAGGUACCAGUAUGUUAGCCUCAGGUUCUGCAUUAGAUGUCUCCAAAGAGUCUGACAGUUCAUUCAGUGUCCCAGCGGAUUCCCGUGAGCAUUCAGCUGACAACUCAGCCAGCUGCAAGGAGGAGGUAACAUCUGUAUCUAUGGAUGAUUCCACUUCCUCCAUAUCAGGGGGACCAAAUCAGCACACAAGCAGACGCAAGCGUAGGCGCAACUCUGGCAAAAUGGAGCCCUCAGUGAUCCAUUCUACCCCCAUUGGAAAGUCUGGAGACAGGAGUUCUGGUACAGGAGGACAGAGAAAUUCUCAGUCCUUUCACACACCAAGGAGUGGUCCCAAAACAGGUCCAGGAGGCCGCCAGCAUCAGCAGCCCAACAGCCAGGCAAAGGGGCAACAGAAGAAGAAAUUCCAAUAUGGCAACUACAACAAGUAUUAUGGUUAUCGCAACCCAGGCGCUAGUGAAGACCCACGGGUACGUGUAUUUCAUCCAGAAUGGUUUGAAGGUAAAGACGUUCUGGAUUUAGGGUGCAACUCAGGCCACCUAACACUCUACAUUGCCAAAAUGCUAAGACCUGCCCGCAUAGUGGGCCUGGAUAUUGACAAUGGUCUGGUACAUGCAGCCCGUAAGAACAUCAGACAUUAUCUGUCUGAACUGCAAACCCAAGAGGCCAGGCGUGCAAUGCAGGAGAUAAAGAGCACAAAGCAAGAGCAGAGGAAUGGAAAUGAGAGUCACACAGACACAGAAAAGAAGCACAAUGAAGCCAAAAGCAGGGAUGAAAAUGGGAAACCUGUGAAAGGAGAAAGUGGCCCUGAGGAAGCUGUAAGUGACUCUUGUCACACAGAUGAGGCAGGAGCCCAGAGGCAGGACAGCAGAACAGAGGAAAUGGAGCGGGGAGACGGUGAGUCACCCCCCGCUGAUCACUCUGUGAGCUGCUCUUUUUCUGCACCUCCACUAACAGAAACAUCCAGCGCACGGCCUGGGGUGUUCCCCUCAAAUGUGUCCUUCGUCAAGGCCAAUUAUGUACUGGACAAUGAUGAUCUUCUCCUGACUCAGCAACCUGAGUACGACAUGAUCCUGUGCCUGAGUGUUACUAAAUGGGUUCACCUGAACUGGGGAGACAGUGGCCUCAAGCGGCUCUUCAAAAGAGCCUACAGACAUCUCCGUCCCGGAGGCAUGUUCCUCCUGGAGCCACAGCCCUGGGAGUCCUAUGUGAGGAGGAAGAAGCUGACUGAUACUAUUAACAGGAAUUAUCGCAGCAUCUGCCUCAGACCUGACCAGUUUUCAUCGUACCUUGUAACUGAGGUGGGCUUCACCGGUUUUGAGAAUCUCGGAGCCCCUAAGUGUUCAGCCAGAGGUUUUCAGAGGCCAAUCUACUUAUUUCACAAAUGACCGCCCCUGCCUUGAAGAUCGUUGAAUGUGAGUAGUCUAAGCCACCACCAUACACGGAAGCCAGCCAGCUGCCCUGGACUGCAAGGAAUCUGAAUCCUUAACCGUCUCUCCAGCUUUUCAGAGGCUGACGAUGAAAUUCAGAAAGUAGAAUGGGACCAAAAGUGGAAUUCAUUUCGUCUUUUGAGAAGAGGCUCCGAAUUUUCUGUGAUUACAAGUUCUUGAAGUUUGGAUUGAACUCAGAUUGGACUCUACAGUUUAUAACCUGGAGCCAAACAAUAUAGUUUGGCCAGGCUGUGGAGGAGGUAGUUUUAAUGAUGCCCCAGUUUGAUGCAAGGCCAUAAUGUUUGAAUAUCUUUGGCCCUGUGUCCUUGCUUUCAUAAAUUUGUUGUGUGCCACCACAUCACCGUACAUAUUAAGAUUGGGGGAUAAGGCAGACACUUCCUAUCGGCCACCAUUACCACUUUAACUGGCAAGAGCUGUGUACUCAACAGUUUAGCUCGGUGCAAACACUGGAUUACAAAGCCAUUAUUAAACAGAUCAUACACUGAACACAGAGGUGCAGGGAAAGAACACUGUGCAGGCUGUCGCUAAAUGAAGCCCCAUAUUGCCGACUCCACUGUAACAAAUUAUACUGUUAGAGGUUAAAUAUGUGCAUCAUGUUGGAAGAAUUGCAUCCUCUUGCUGCAGACAUGUAAAUGCACUUAUUUUGGUGAUUUAAAAACAACCAAACAGUCUUUCAGACAUAGUCAUUGUAUUACUAUUAAGACAUCCCACCUCCCAAUCCUAAUGUGUAGUUUGUUUUGUCGCUGUUUUGCGAAAUGGAGUUGAUUUAACUUUAAUCUGUUACUGAGCUGUCAAAAUGUGUCAGACCACACAUGAAAAGCUUCUUAAGUGCACAAGCUUAAGAUGUUUAUGAAGUGAAAAAGAUGAUAGGUGCACUCAAAACAGCCACAACAACAAACACUUAGUGAAAUACUGAACAUUAACCCACUCCAUAUUGUAAAAAUGUUGUCUUUCCUGUCAUUUAUCAGCAUCAUAGAGUGACAUUUCUUCUACAGCUUAAGUCGAAGGAGCUGUAUCAAGGUAAUGCUGGGCAAACUGGUACAUCAGUGACCAUAGUGACAGGCAGUUCUUUAAAGAUGUCAUGGGGAAUGACAACACAGAGAUCAAAUACUAGUUUCUACCAUUUGACAUGGAGGCAGUAUUUACAGUAGUUUUUAUCAUCGUUAUUAAAAGUAGGCUUAGUAUGACACCUCAGCCCUGACCAUUAAAAUGCAAGUUGAAAAAUUGUGACAGCUGUUUUGAGUGUAAACCUUUCUCACUGAAGAGGCAACAGAUAAUUUCUUGGUUUGUUUAGGGCUUUCUGAUGCUACGCCCUGAUGGGGCGAUGAGCUGUGAUGACACCCAGGUGUCGGCUCAGCUCAAGGUUGGUAGUUCAGCACAGAAACACGCCACAAGGACUAUUUUUCAAAGUAGGUCUUUAGCAUGCAGUGAUCUUUUUUUUUUAAUGACAGUGAAGCCAUAGUCCUACCUUAUAUGUUGUUUACAAACCUAAAUGAGGUGCUGACAGACUAUAAAAGUGUGUAAAACCUCAGGCAGAGGCGAGUUAUUAGAGAGUUGCUACGGCAUCUUCAGUGCUGACACAUGAAUUGUAUUGUGUGGUCUGAUUAUCACUAGUGGACAGGCAUUAAUGCAAACAGCAUCAGAAUCCUUUAAAGUACUCAGGCUCUUUUGUUGUUCCUGAGUUACAUUGAGCUUCUGUGAGGCUGAACAAAAACCUAUAUUUGUAGAAAAUGGAUUGUUCUUAAAAGGACUUGGAAUACAUCCACGACUUUUUACCAAAUUGAAAUAUUAAUAUGCUGUUUGUAUUGAAGUACUGUCAUGAUAUUUUAUGGCUCUUUUGCUCUUGGAUUUGGCAAAAUAUGCCUUCACCAUCCUAGUCUUUGGCCUACUAAGGACAGCUGAGUUACAGGUAGUCUUCGUGAUUGAAUCUUUAGUAGGGUGUGCUGCACACUGCUCACCUGCAACCUUUCGUGGCUGAGACAGAAAAUCCUUUUUUGUGACUGGUUCAGUCAGCAUUUAGCACCAUGGGGUAGGAGACUAUGGCUCUUGUAUGUUUCUGUUUUAGUAAGUGAUCAAUGUAAAUAAGUUUGCAAAUUUUGUUUUACUGCUGUCAACGUUUUAAGUUCAUAACUGCUUUUGUGAUUUUUGUAGUGAAUGUUUUGUUCUGUUUUCAAAUGUUCGCUGCCAAUUUGUGAGUGGGUUACAGGUCAGAGUUUUUGUCCUAAAAUGGAUCGCCAGUCCAGUUCUGUAUCAACAGAUGAAUAUAUACACUGCAACAGCAAAAUGUGUUUGCUUUGUUCUGUCCUGGCAGGCACACGGAUUGUUAGAUUAGAGCUUGAUUUUCUCAUAAACGGUUUGAAAAGAGUGUUGGUGGUAAUGCACUCUUGUUUCACUUCAUUUGACAUUUUAAUCUUGUUCAGAAUAGAAAAAAAGUUUAACUGUUUUUCUUACAAUUUAAGUUGUGAAACACCAAUUAGCCUGUCAAAUAUAUAAAACGAAGCUUCAGGUUUCAUUUUAGAUUGAAAAUGAAUUGGUCUCAUCUUUAGUUAGCCCUUCAGAAACAGGAAACCAAAUCACACCUUUCUCCAAAGCUACGACAAUCAGAUCCUCAGGCUUGGCUCAUCCCACUGCUGUAAUUUCAAGGGCAUUUUUCCUUGAUGCAGGUCACCUAAGAAGCAUUUUAUUUGAGAAACAAAUGGCUUAAAACUCAGUUGAGCUUUGUCAUCAAUGCUAAAGAUUGCACCUUACUGUCUGCAGUGGUAGCUUAGAGAUUUUAACCCACUAUGCCUGACUCCAAGUAUCCAAGGUAAAGUGUGUCUUUGCUACAGAUGUGAAAUUACAUAUUGUCAUAUACAGUGCUAUAUAAACAUUUUGUACU